AUGAGAAUCCCUCGAAUCCCUCGUCUGACUCUCUUCUCUGGCCCAAAUUGUUCUCUUUGUGAUAUUGCCAAAGCAGAACUUGCCAAAGUCCGGCAGUCGCGCCCUUUCGAACUGGAUACCGUGAAUAUCCAGGACAAGGGUCAAGAGAGGUGGAAGAAGAAGUAUGUGUAUUGGAUCCCUGCUCUUCACCUUGAAGGGAAGGAGAUCGCCAAAGGCCGAUGGGACGCCCAGACGGUGAUGAAAGCCCUGUCACAGUGGGACGAGACAGUGGCAGCGUCGUCGAGCACGUCUACAGCAACAACGACAACGUCUCAAUCAGCGUCGAGCGCGCAGCAACCGACGACAGAUCGACAGGAGACACCCCAGAACGAAUACGAGCCGUUCGGCGUCUACGACCGCGCAUACCAACGUGUUCUAGGGGCUGACGAAGCUGGCAAAUCUGAGGAACCUUUCACCCUCCGUCCCCGGUGCUUCAACUGUGGUCACGAGGAGCAUACCGUCAAGGAAUGUCCCUUUCGACUGGAUUACUGCCUUAUAGAUCUUUCACGCCAAUACUAUAAAUUUUCUCAAGAAGCCCUGGGUGUGGUACCCUCGAACUGGCAACGCGUCCAUAUUGCGGAAGGCUGGAGACAAACACGGCUUGACUGGCUUGACCACUUUGAACCGGGCACCGUUAAAGGGGAAUUGUUGAAAGAGGCUCUGGGAAACGACGACGCCCCGUGGCUCCGAAACAUGGCGAUAUGGGGGUAUCCUAAGGGGUGGGUUAACGUUCAGGAUCCACGAGACCUUGUCCGCGAGCGUAUCUGGAAAGAACACGGUGGGGACGUUGAAUUGGACCUCGAGGACUCUGAACCUUUUGUCAUAGUCGGCGACGACGGGCAUACCGAGGAAGUUACUUUCGCGGACACCUUCAGGCCCAAAUCUACGGUCUCAGAGCAGCAAGAAGAGGUGUCUGAAAUUAACAAACCCACUCCCCCUCCCCCUCCCAAGCGAUGGGCUCAAUAUCCGACAACGUAUUUCUCAUCCGAGCUUCUACCUAUUCAUAGCGGUUUCAACCUGCCACCUGUCUACGAUGAGCAGGGUGCUGGACCCCCUCCCCCAUCCACGGAACCUCCUCCUUUGCCUCCUCCACCUCCUGAUGAACCACCGCCCUUACCGCCGCCUCCGCCAACAGAACCACCACCUCCGCCCCCACCCUUACCUCCACCACCACUUCCCCCCACUGUUCUGCCACCACCGCCUUCGCCCCAUUUCCCUGAAUCGGAGGUCGUCGACGAAAACAGCGACAUGGACAUGUCUGAUUCUGACUGA